GGUUUAUCUCUUCUCCAUAUACUUCACUAUUAAACUUCGCUCACGCAUACUAAAUCAGUAAAUCCUUACAAUACGCAGCAUGUGCACAUUAGAGAAGCGCGGAGAUCUCUUUCUCCUAACCCUAACCGGCGACGACGAGCACAGAUUCCACCCCGACACGAUCGCUUCCGUUCUCUCACUUCUCGAACAAGCCAAAUCUCAAUCCACACGUGGUUCCGUCCUCAUCACCACAGCUCAAGGAAAAUUCUUCUCUAACGGCUUUGACCUUGCCUGGGCCCAAGCCGCUGGAUCCCAAACCGGGGCAGUAAACCGGAUGCACCAAAUGGUCGAAUCCUUCAAACCUGUGAUAGCAGCACUCUUCGAGCUCCCAAUGCCGACCAUUGCCGCCUUAAACGGGCACGCUGCGGCCUCCGGGCUGAUGUUUGCGUUGAGCCAUGACUACGUUUUUAUGAGGAACGACCGCGGUGUUUUGUACAUGAGCGAAGUGGAUCUUGGGCUGCCGUUACCUGACUACUUUGCGGCAAUGUUCGCGGCCAAGAUCGGGACGAGUAUUGCGAGGAGGGAGCUGUUGCUGAGCGGGAAGAAGAUCAAAGGAGAGGAAGCGGUGGCUUUGGGGAUCGUUGACUCUGCGGCGCAUGAUAGUGUGGAAGGCGUUGUGGAGGCUACGGUGAGCCUUGGAGAGAGUUUGGCGGCUAAGAAAUGGAAUGGUGAAGUUUAUGCGUCAAUAAGAAAGAGUUUGUAUCCGGGGCUUUGUGCGAUGCUGAGUUUAACGGCCAAGAUCGCUGCAAGUCCUUAAUCUUUAGUGUCUUCUUAAUUAAGCGGCAACUUUUUGUAAAAUGCAUUCCAACAGAUUUUACAAAAAUGAUAAGAAAAAUAAGAAAUGUAACACUUAUGUUUUUAUAUCCUUUAUAUAAUAUUUGAUAAGCACUACAACAUUUUGAAAAAACAUUUGAAA